GCCAGCGUAACGAUAGGCUUUAGCCAGCUUCCCAGUUUUAACUCCAUCCUAGGUUCUUCCACCACUAACUACCCCUUCGAAAGCAGCUUGCAUGGCUUAACUAACCCAGCGACCAGUCUCAUCUGUGAGGACAGCAAAUCCAGCUCUAGACUGCGUGGCUGUUUCAAGUCGAGAAACUCUCAUGCUCCGUUCUGGUUCGUCGGCGCCCGCAACGAGGGGCUCAAACAGUCUGAGUUGCAGCCCCGAUCACCAGUCUCCACACCGCACAACACUCGAUGAACUAACUACAUUUAGAGCUUCGCGGUUUCAUCAGGCACUCGUAAAGGAGGAUCCUACAGCUAACGAGCUUUUCAUAAAUAGGAGGAUUUGUAUUCGAUUUUCCUACGCCUCUAUUACAACUCAUCUGGGAAACCCGUUCCUGGGCUCAGAGAUGACGCCCAUGCCUGAUCCUGCUAAGCGCCAUGGGAGAUCAAUCAACAAGAACUUCCACAAGAUCGCCGGCGUUCUAAUAAUACUUCUAUUAUGAUCAAGCCACCAGCCUACUAGCUAAUGUCGUGCAGAUGGCCAAGGUUGCGACACGAAUCUUCACGCCGCGUACCUGCAGGCGGUUAAGGUUUUCCUAGGCGUUUGAGAGGGCAAGCGAGAAAGCCAGCGAGUCCAGUGACUCUGGAAGGGGCCAGAUGCAACACGCAAAAAUAAGCCUCCUCGAAAUGGAGCUCUUCCAGCCAAACACAGAGAAAAUACGGCGACGACGUGCCGAUUCUACCAGCAAGCUAGACAGCUUGGCGAUCGCAGCGGGUUUCCGGGUUCCACCAGGCACCAGUCAAGUCAGGCACAGGAUCUCGGCGCAUCCUUGCCGACAACCUCUGGCAGCUUCGUAAUGUCCAUUGACCAGUCAAUUACCGGCGUUUCGAUCUUGAACUGUCAACAUGCUACUCCUCUCUGAGGGGAAAAGAGGAAGAGAGAUGUUUCUCGCAACGCUAACUAGCUCUAGCUAUAUGUUUUCAGGCUAAAAGGAUGUUUUAUUGGUAGAUUAACUUUCUACCUCUCGUUUCAUCUCUCUUUCUCAGGCUUCCGAAGAAGGGAAGUUUCGCGCCCAAAGGAACCAAGAGCCAGCGAGGUUUGACCUGGCCACCGCAAGACUGGAAAAUCAGCAUGAGUGAACUAAAAUAAUGAAACAGCAAACAGCUGUCUUCAAGCUAAUCGCCUAGCCAAGAGAAACUUUCAGUUUCUAUUUAGAUUAUUUUGUCUAAAGCCCAGCGCCUAGUCCCUAGUUAUCAGCGGAAGAGCAGAGUUCCGAUUUUUUUUUUUUUUUUUUUCAAAACAGGAGAAAGAUCAUGUAUUUAUUAAUACUUGCAAUGCCCUUUCAACUCUGACCUGUUUUCUUUUUGUUUUACCACAUUCACUUCUUCUUUUGACAGUUUUUUUCCCUCUUUGCUUGGUGGUUGUCUUUGGAGCAUUGGCACCACUCGUUCAUGUGCUUCUGCAUCUCGUUGAUACCUGUCAUACUUUUGUUAUAUUGACCUGUCACUCGCUGGCCUCGACUCUUUCGCUUCAAAAAAUCGCUGCUAGUCACGAUAUAUAUAGUUUUCAUUUGCCUUUUCUCUUUUAAUAUCGCAUUAAACUCCAUUUUCUUUUGGUUUAAGGUACCGCUUUCAUCAUGAGAACUGCACUGAGUGUAGUGGUGAUUGUUGCGGCGGUAGUUCAGCAAGCAAGUGGAACGUUAUUUUGGGGCACAAAUAAAUACUUCCCGAGCCCAUCGAACUGUGACAACAAAUGCUCAGACAACCAGAAGUCCGGAUUCGACUGGACGGGCCUUGGACUUGGAUCUUUCUCUUCAUUCGGUGACUUUGACUUCUCGGGAUUCACGUGCGGUGAGCGAAAGCCACCUCAGAGUAACUUCCAGAGCAAAUGCAUUGAAGGCAAACUGUUAAGGGGCCUCACAGAUGGCAGCCCGGAAAUCUCCCACCGGAAGUCCAACGGUUUCUCAAUCACUUCGUUCCAGAUCACAGUCGAUGAGGACACAGACAUCGGCUUCGUGUAUACCAUGCCGGAUGGCUCGACCUGCAAACAUACCACCCUCUGUUCAAAGGGUGGCUCUGAGGUGCCGAACACACAAUGCGGAGGCGCAGUGUCGGUCAAAUUCAGCCUCCCUAAGUACAGCGAGCUGGAUGAUUGUGGUUUCGCAAUUCACAAAAUCACCUUCGACUGCGGACCCCCGGAAAUCCCCAGCAAGCCCGUAGUGACUCCCACAGACGAAAUUUCGUCGUACCCAGUUAGUUCCCCGCCAGCCUCUGAGUCGGAAAGCCAGUCAUAUCCUAUGUCUUUGACCCCGACUUCCCAGCUUUCGGAAUCAAAUAUUGUAACUAUACCUUCCGAAUCGUAUCCUACGGGAACUCCGCCACAAACGCCUUCAGAAACGUAUCCUCCGGGAACGACUCCGGGAACGCCAUCUGAAACAUACCCUCCAGGAGCUACCCCGGGAAAACCCUCAGAGCCAUAUCCCUCGGGCACUCCUCCGGCAAGUCAAUCUGAAACAUACUCUCCGGGAGUUACUCCAGGGAACCCGUCAGAAUCAUAUCCUCCGGGAAGUACUCCGGGAACUCCUUCAGAAACGACACCUCCGGGGACGAGCCCUUCAGAAGUCUCACCUUCGAGAAGCACUCCCUCAGAAGCGAAUCCGCCUGGAACUGCUCCUCCUGUCGUCACUCCUCCGGGAACAACCCCAACUCCAACAGAGGUUGUAUCUUACUCCACCUCAACAUUUUUUACCACAUCCAUGCUUGUUACUAGCUGUGCUCCAGAAGUCAGUUCAUGUCCUACCGAUUCUACUGAAGUUAUCACUACAACAAUCGCUAUCUCAACCACACUCCCAAUAACUAUCACGCCAACUUCGCCCGAUCCAGUCAUUACAGGCUCAUUCCCUACCAGCCCAACCCCAGCAUAUCCAACUCCUACGAGCCCUGCAGAUUCAACUAGUCCUCCUAUCGGCGAAUCAACGGCAACACCACCUGCUUCCAAUGGGUCAGCAGUCACGCAAACCCCUCCGUCAGACUCGGCUAUCACGGAAAUUACAUAUACCACCAUUACUACUUGCCCAGUCACAGAAACCAUCACCUCUGGUACCGCCGAAAUAACAAUUACUUCUAAUACAGUUUCUACUAUUACAGUGACCACCACCGGUACCGUGUGUCCGGGAUGUCCAGUUCCUACACACCUGGGCCAACCCGAUACUUCCUAUCCAGCUGGUUCACAGCCGCCACCUCCGAUCACAUACUCAGCUCCAUCAGGAGCAGUAACACCUCGCCCUUCGUCAGCAGCCCCAGUUACAGAUUCACCUAGCCCUUCAACUCCUGCUCUGCCACCAGCUAUUCCCAUCGAAGCUCCAUGCCCCAAAGUCGUCCCACAGUGUCUAAACACCUGGCUCAACUUGGUUCCAAAGUGUAGCUCGAACAGUGAUAUUAGCUGUUUCUGUCCUUCCUCCGAAUUCACAUCCGCGGUAAUCGCAUGUAUCCAGUCCUGGGGUGCUUCUGACGAUGAAAUCCAAUCCGCUCUCUCCUAUUUCACUGGCAUCUGCGCUGCAGACGUCCCGAAAAACCCUGGGAUCAUCACCGCGAUCCCGUCAACAAUUACUCUAACCCCACCACCUGCUCCAACACCCCCCGCAGCUCAAACCGGCGGCCCAGCUAUCGUUACCCCUCCACCCCAGCCCCCAUGCACCACAAUUACCGUCUCUCAAGUGAUAACAGUCUCCGGAUCGGAGCCUACCACCCGCACCACCAUAGUCACUGUCCCACAGGUACAAUUCGUCACGGAAACUGUAUCUGGUGCAACCACUGGUGUCAAUGUCGGGCUUGUUCCAGGCACCACGGCACUCCCUGCAGAGGUUCCGACAUACGGCCCAUCCUCAUACCCGACAGCCAACCAGCCUUCAACCCUCGCCACUCUUCCGGUCUCGCCAACCGGCAGUGAAACUCUCAAUCCUUACACCGGAACUGGAGAUGCUUUCUCCUUGUCCAUUCCCUCUACCCUGUGGAUCCUUUCUGCCGUCACCAUUGCUAUGUGCGUUUUGCAGUAGUUAUAGAUAGAGUAAAGAGCUAACCCGCCCAUUAUCUAAGUCAUUUGCCAUCUUUAUUCCUCUCUCUCAUUUGCUCCUUCACUAUUUAUCGGAUAUUUUCUUUGUUAUACAUACAUAUGGUUAAAUAGGUUUCUUGUUUUUCUUUUCUCUUUCUCCUUUCCAGUUGCAUCUAUGCGGGCAUCAAUUGUCCUUUUCAAAAUGGUUUCUUCUCCCGACCAGAUAACAAAAGGUUUUCUUUAUAUAAUACAUAAAACAUAUCUGUCUGGUCUAUGUCUUUGGUUCCCCUCGAAGAGUUUAUUUUUAUUUUUAUUUUUUUAUUUUUUAUUUUUUUUGUUUAGCAACUCCAGAUGAGGAGACUCUGGAAGAAGACGAAAAGUGACUAGAAUCGAUGAUUAACAUAAUGUUAUGUAUUAUUAUUGUACGGAGAUGUAAAACACUCGUUUUGCGCCUCAUUUGCGCGUAAUGACUAAAACAACAAUAAUAAUAAUAAAACCCAGUCAACAGAGCUAAAUAUCCAGCGUAGUUUCGUUCCAUAAUCAAUAAAAUCAAAUCAUAAAUUCA